UGGGCGGAGAAUAGAUUCCGGUUCCGGGUGUUUUCAGUGCCGUCAGACUCUUUCAUUGCUCUGAUUAUGGUUUUAAAUCGGAAUUUUUCCCCGUCGACUUCUGAUUAAACAAGCAGUUUUUCUGUUGUGGUGCCUGUCCGCGUGGAGCCGUUGCCAUGACGACCCGUUCGGAGCGGGAGAAGGCCCAGAAGCUGAACGAGCAGCACCAGGCCAUCCUGUCCAAAAUGCUGCGAGAAGACGACAACAAAUACUGCGCCGAUUGCGAGGCUAAAGGUCCACGGUGGGCGUCCUGGAAUCUGGGAGUGUUCAUCUGCAUCCGGUGUGCUGGCAUCCACAGGAACCUGGGCGUGCACGUAUCCAGAGUCAAGUCCGUCAACCUGGACCAGUGGACCAUAGAACAAAUCCAGAGUAUACAGGAUAUGGGUAACACCAAGGCCCGGCAGCUUUAUGAGGCCAACCUUCCAGAAAGCUUCAGAAGACCUCAAACAGACCAAGCCGUGGAAUUUUUCAUCAGGGACAAAUAUGAGAAGAAAAAAUACUACAGCAAGAAUGUGACCAACGGAAGCAGCCCAAAAGAUACAAAGAAAGAGAAGGAUUCAGAGAGUGGCCACAAGGUGGCGUCCUACAGCAAGAAUGAAGACUCUCGGCCGGUUCCUAAAAUCAGUCCAGCUAAGAAUUCAGAACCCUCAGUGAACCUUUUAGGCCUUGAUGCACCGGCAGCCGCGUCCUGUAACGACAGUAGCACAAGCACAUCCCAGAACAACGACCUGGAUAUAUUUGGCCCCAUGGUGUCCAAUCCCCUGCCUGCUUCCACAUCCACAGCGGCAUUUCCUCAGGUAAUGUCCAGCAGCACUCGCACGGUUAUGGAGAAUUCCAGAAGCAAAACAGAUAAUGUCAACCACUCAGUCAUUUUCUGA